AUGCGACGGCGCCGUCGCAUCCUCCCGAAUCUUAUCCAGUGCGUCAAAGAUGAACAGGCACGCUCGACAACCGGAACUCGAAAUAUCGUCUCAGAUGACUUCGUUUCGGCGUUGAGAAGAGGCGAUCGGAAAUCCGGGCACUCUUUCGGCUUGGAGACGGACUCAAUUCAUUCACUUGGAAAAAUGCAACUGAGGCACUCGAAGGUGGGAAGACGCGGAUACAUCUUGUCGCUGCCCCCUCGCAUGUUCGAGGUGCUGCUGGGCUCACUUUCGUUUCGUUGGAAAGUACAUCUUUUGAAGGGCUUUAGAGCUCCAUCUCACCAGAACUCGAAGCAGGAAGAAGUCUCGUUAUUCGGCAGUUCUUUUCAUGUUGCAAUCCCUUUCAGGUUGACGAGCAGCCUCGAUCUAUUUUCGUGA